UGUGGAUAACAGAAGGUAUGAGUUAGGGUUCUGAAAAUUCAUGUCAUAGAGAAACCAAUGCAUCCAAAAACAGUAACUAUGUUUUUUUGUAGUGGUGGGGUUAUUGGUCUGUUUGGGUCUUAUUUUGUUUAGAAGUCUUACUUCUUUUAUUUGAGGCAGGCUUGAAGGCAGUUGGACUUGUUGGACGUGCAUGAGAUGUUGAAGGCACUUGUGAUGAAACACUUGCAGAUUUCUAAAAAAAAAUAUUAUUUUAGUUUCCAUCUACGCAGCAGGAUUGGCUGGAAGUAGCAAAUGGAUUUGAACAAAAAUGGCAAUUUAUAAACUGUGGAGGAGCUCUGGAUGGCAAGCAUAUUCGUAUUGUACCUCCUCCUCAUUCAGGAGCACAAUACUAUAACUAUAAAAAUUUUUAUAGUAUCAUUUUAAUGGCUCUCGUCAAUGCUGACUACGAAUUUAUUUUUGUCGAUGUAGGCAAAAAUGGAAGAUUAUCUGAUGGAGGAGUAAUUGAAAGCACCAAAUUUUAUCAUAAGUUAAUUCAUGACUAUCACGAGCGAGAAAUGUUUCGGAAAAUGCAUUUGCCUGAUAGCGGCAAGGUUUAG